GCAACUGAGCCUCGGCGGUGAUGGUGAGUUGACUGCGGCCACUUUCACACGACCAUACACCUUGGCACUUAGAGUCACUAAGGUAGGCAGCCAUACCACGUCCGGCUUCUUGCUCGUCUGGCUGAUUCGGUGCAGCUGGUCUCUCGAGAUGAUCAUCAGCUCCUGUAUCCACUACAGCUUGAACUGGGCACCCUUCGACCUCUAGAUUAUGGGUCCCACUGAAGUACAGUACCAACAUUGGAUUUCUGAAGUUUUGAUUUCUUCAGGUUCAACCUGGACUACUGUAACAUCAGUGGGAGAUGGGGGAUCUCUCAUGUUGUUGCUUCACAGCUUCCCCGAGUUUUGGUUUUCGUGGCGUCAUCAGUUGAAGGCCUUCUGCAAAGACUACCAUGUGGCGGUUGAUAUGAGAGGAUAUGGUGACAUGGACCAGCCAGUGGGGUCCUCAGAAUACUCCUUAAACCAUCUCACU